CACCCCAAAGUCAUUUAUAGUACUUUUCAUACAGUAGUAGCCUAUAUCUCUCUCUCUCGAUCGUUCAAUUCUUGACUCAUUCUUCUGCAUUGCCUUACAAGCUCACCAAAAAGAGAACCAAAAACAGUAAGCACAAGCUUCGCUUCGUGUCUCUCAAGGACUUAGUCUGUUUUCGAAGAGGAAUGCUAGUUGUCAAUAUAUAAUCAAAUACAAUGGGGGAAUCCAAGGGAAGUUUUUUGAACUCGCCUAUAAUAGAGAAAAUUGCCGACCGUGAAUAUUCAUCAAUUUUCAAAGGCCUUGGAUUGUAUGGCGUCUUGGGUGCGAUUGUUGUUGCUGUACUUGUACCUUCAUUGCUGUCCAUGAUACUUGUGGGGAAGAAAAAGGUCAAACAGAGAGGGGUACCUGUUCAGGUUGGUGGUGAGGCAGGGCUAGCAAUCCGUAAUGGUAGAUCGGCCAAAUUGAUUGAAGUUCCUUGGGAAGGGGCCACUACUAUGGCAGCUCUGUUUGAGCAGUCUUGUAAGAAGAAUUCACACGAACGAUUUCUUGGAACAAGAAAGCUAAUUAAGAGGGACUUUGUAACAGCUAGUGAUGGCAGGAAGUUCGAGAAAGUACACUUAGGGGAAUAUCAAUGGGAGACUUAUGGGCAGGUGUUUGAUCGUGCUUGCAAUUUUGCAUCAGGACUUAUUAAAUUAGGUCAUGAUGUGGAUACUCGUGCUGCCAUUUUUUCCGAGACUCGGCCAGAGUGGUUAAUUGCCUUUCAGGGUUGCUUCCGGCAGAAUAUUACCAUUGUUACUAUUUAUGCUUCCCUAGGCGAGGAUGCCCUGAUCCACUCACUUAAUGAGACCCAAGUGUCAACCCUGAUUUGUGAUUCUAAGCAAUUGAAGAAGUUGGAUCCAAUAAGUUCAAGCCUAAAAACUAUAAAGAAUGUCAUUUAUUUUGAAGAUGAUGAAACAACAAGCAACUCCGACUCCUCCAGAAAUAUGAGCACUUGGACAGUUUCAUCUUUUUUUGAGGUGGAGAAGUUGGGAAAAAGCAGUCCUGUUCAUCCAACACUACCUAUCAAGAAGGAUAUUGCAGUUGUCAUGUAUACAAGUGGUAGUACUGGUCUACCAAAGGGAGUUAUGAUAACUCAUGGUAACCUUGUAGCAAUUGCAGCUGCGGUUAUGACAGUGAUUCCAAAUCUGGGAAGAAAUGAUGUUUACUUGGCAUACUUGCCUCUGGCUCACGUUUUUGAAUUGGCGGCUGAGUCUGUGAUGUUGACUGCAGGUUGUGCCAUUGGUUAUGGUUCGGCAUUGACGUUAACAGACACUUCUAACAAAAUCAUGAAGGGAACCAAGGGAGAUGCUUCUAUGUUAAGCCCCACCCUCAUGACAGCAGUUCCAGCAAUAUUAGAUCGUGUUCGAGAUGGGGUUUCAAAGAAGGUUGAGGAGAAGGGAGGUUUUGCAAAGAAACUUUUCAGUAUUGCGUAUAAGCGCCGGCUGGCAGCUAUAGAAGGUAGCUGGCUUGGAGCCUGGGGAUUAGAGAGAUCACUGUGGGAUGUCAUCGUUUUCAAGAGGAUACGUUCUGUACUUGGAGGAAAAAUCCGGUUCAUGCUCUGUGGUGGAGCUCCUUUAUCUGCAGAUACACAGCGAUUUAUCAAUAUCUGCAUGGGGGCUCCUAUUGGUCAAGGAUAUGGCCUCACAGAAACGUGUGCUGGAGCUGCUUUUACUGAGUGGGAUGACACUUCUGUUGGGCGUGUUGGUCCGCCACUUCCUUGUUGCUACAUCAAGGUAUUUCAUCUUCUGUUUGCCAUGAAAGGAUCGAAUUUCCAAAUUACUGUAACCGCUGGGUACUUCAACAAUGAUGCAAAAACAAAUGAGGUGUACAAGGUUGAUGAGAAGGGCAUGCGUUGGUUUUAUACUGGUGACAUAGGACAGAUUCAUCCUGAUGGAUGCAUUGAAAUUAUUGAUAGAAAGAAGGAUAUUGUUAAACUUCAACAUGGAGAGUAUAUCUCCCUUGGCAAGGUUGAAGCAACUCUGAUGACAAGCAACUAUGUGGACAAUGUCAUGGUAUAUGCAGAUCCUUUCCACAACUAUUGUGUAGCUCUAGUUGUUCCCAUACAUCAGGUGCUUGAGAAGUGGGCAAAAGAAGCUGGCAUUACGUACAAAGAUUUCUCUGAGUUGUGUGACAAAGCCGAAGCUGUAAAAGAGGUCCAGCAAUCUCUUUUGAAGGUGGCAAAACCUGCAAAACUGGACAAGUUUGAAAUUCCCGCAAAGAUAAAGUUGAUGCCAGAGCCCUGGACGCCCGAGUCAGGAUUGGUUACUGCUGCUCUCAAAUUGAAGAGGGAACAAUUGAAGGCCAAGUUCAAAGAUGAGCUGAAAAAGAUGUACGAGUGAGAAAGCAUUUUAAUCAUUUACAUUAUAUUAUGCUUACUUUCUGAUUAUCUAUCUGUAUUGUCUUUGUUAUCCAACACGGAAACUUCCUCACUGAUUGGCACCGAUUUUCCUCGCUGGAAGCUUUUUGCUGAUUUAGUAUUGUUUUAAGAUUUCAAUGGUUUGUUUCAGUUGAAAAAAUAAGUGAUGAUGAGUUUAAUGGUA